AUGACACUCGUACAAAUUGCGGUAGUAACAGUUGCUGCUGUCAUCAUCCUCCUAACAGCACUUGCUGGCUACGCCUACAGCCAAAUCCGCCUCCUCUCUCUCCCCUUUCCCCUCACUCUUCCCCUCCUCAUAACCCUCCUCCCAAUCCUCACGACCCUCACGACAACCUACCUCACCCGCCUCCUCCGCCCCUCCAACCUUCCCACCUUCACCACUCUCCUCACUCUCAUCACCACCUUCGAAACCGCCCUUGCGACUUGGGCACUCACAUAUCUACCUGCGAGCUGUGGCCUUGAAGAGCGCUGGUCAGCACUAUACCGCGCAAAGAACGCAGAUGCGAUACGGAGAAUCCAGGAUCGGUGGACAUGCUGUGGGUUUAAUAGCGUGGUAGAUCGGGCAUGGCCGUUUCCGCAUGGGAAGAGCGGCGCGGACCAGUGUAGGGAGGUGUUGGGGAGGGAAGUUGCGUGCGGACGGGCUUGGGCGGAGGAGGAGAAGAGGAUGGCGGGGGUGUUGGUUGGGGUUGCCGUGGCGGUUUUUGUGGUGAAGGUGGCUAUACUGAGCACGCAGAUGAGAAGCACUGCAUGGACUCGACCUGCUUGGAUGCGUUUCAUGAGUGGUACGGAGCCUGGUGACCUCGAGGAUUCCCGUGGGGGUCGGGAGAGCGAGAGGUUGUUGAUUGGCGAGGGUGCGAGAGUGGAAGAGGAGUAUCAUGAUGAGGAGGGAGAUGUUGAUGGUACUCUUCGUGGAACGGAUGCGGAUGCGGAUGCGGAGGGGGUAAACCGCCCCAGACUUGAGCCGUCGGGACUGACGGGAGAUGGGGCACAGUGGCGGGAGUGA